GAGCGCGCCACGGUUGUCAAACAUGGCUGAAGUGCCGCCGCUGCCGCUACUGCCGCUGCAGGGAAAAUGCUGAGCCCUCCCGGGUCGGGUGGGUGGCGGCGUCGAGGGCGGCGACGGGAAUCCGCGUCCCGAGCUCGGCGGCGGCGGCCAUGGCUCGGCUGGCGGACUACUUCAUUGUGGUAGGCUACGACCACGAGAAGCCAGGGCCAGGAGAAGGUCUGGGAAAAAUAAUCCAGAGAUUUCCACAGAAGGACUGGGAUGAUACACCUUUUCCACAGGGAAUUGAAUUGUUUUGUCAGCCUGGUGGAUGGCAGCUGUCCAAAGAGAGGAAACAGCCAACAUUCUUUGUGGUGGUCUUAACAGAUAUUGACUCAGAUCGACAUUACUGUUCGUGCCUAACCUUCUAUGAGGCAGAGAUCAAUCUUCAGGGAACAAAGAAGGAAGAGAUUGAUGGUGAAGAAGUGUCUGGUUUAAUUCAGCCUGCAGAAGUGUUUGCUCCCAAAAGCCUGGUGUUGGUAUCCAGAUUAGAUUAUCCAGAAAUUUUUAGGGCUUGCCUGGGUUUGAUUUAUACUGUAUAUGUGGAUAGUCUGAAUGUCUCCUUGGAAAGUCUCAUUGCAAACCUUUGUGCUUGCCUUGUCCCAGCAUCUGGAGGGUCUCAGAAACUGUUUUCACUGGGUGCAGGAGAUAGACAACUGAUCCAGACUCCUUUACAUGACAGUCUUCCCAUCACAGGCACUAGUGUGGCUCUUUUGUUUCAGCAAUUGGGAAUUCAAAAUGUGCUGAACCUCUUUUGUGCAGUCCUUACAGAAAAUAAGGUUCUCUUCCAUUCUGCAAGUUUCCAGAGACUUAGUGAUGCCUGUAGAGCCUUGGAGUCUUUAAUGUUUCCUCUUAAAUAUAGUUACCCUUAUAUUCCCAUUCUCCCGGCUCAGCUACUGGAAGUUCUGAGUUCCCCCACACCUUUCAUUAUUGGAGUACAUUCCAUUUUUAAAAGUGAUAUCCAUGAACUUUUAGAUGUAAUCAUAGCAGAUUUGGAUGGAGGCACUAUUAAAAUUCCUGAAUGUAUUCACCUCUCUUCUCUCCCGGAACCACUUCUUCAUCAGACUCAAGCAGCUCUUUCUUUGAUUUUACACCCAGAUUUGGAAGUAGCGGAUCAUGCUUUUCCUCCUCCUCGAACAGCUUUAUCCCAUUCAAAAAUGCUGGAUAAAGAAGUACGAGCAGUUUUCCUUAGAUUAUUUGCACAACUUUUUCAAGGAUAUAGAUCAUGUCUACAACUUAUAAGAAUUCAUGCAGAGCCAGUAAUACAUUUUCACAAAACAGCUUUCUUGGGGCAGCGUGGUUUGGUUGAGAAUGAUUUCCUCACUAAAGUACUCAAUGGAAUGGCAUUUGCAGGUUUUGUUUCAGAAAGAGGUCCUCCCUAUAGAUCAUGUGAUCUCUUUGAUGAGUUGGUAGCUUUUGAAGUAGAGAGGAUUAAAGCUGAAGAAAAUAAUCCAUUGAAGAUGAUAAAGCACAUCAGAGAACUUGCUGAGCAACUAUUAAAAAAUGAAAAUCCAAACCCUCAUAUGGCAUUCCAAAAAGUUCCACGCCCAACAGAAGGAUCCCACUUGAGAGUUCAUAUUCUUCCUUUCCCAAAGAUUAAUGAAACUCGGGUUCAGGAAUUGAUACAAGAAAAUCUUGUUAAGAAUCAGAAUGCCCCUCCUGCUACACGAGUCGAAAAGAAAUGUGUUGUGCCAGCAGGUCCACCUGUCGUUUCAAUAAUGGAUAAAGUGACAACAGUUUUCAACAGUGCACAGAGACUAGAAGUUGUUAGAAACUGCAUUUCAUUCAUAUUUGAAAAUAAAACUUUGGAGACUGAAAAGACUCUUCCUGCUGCACUGAGAGCCCUUAAAGGAAAGGCAGCAAGACAGUGUCUUACUGAUGAACUGGGCUUACAUGUACAGCAAAAUCGGGCAAUAUUGGAUCAUCAACAAUUUGACUACAUAAUAAGGAUGAUGAAUUGUACUCUGCAGGAUUGUUCAAGUUUAGAAGAAUAUAACAUUGCUGCAGCAUUACUCCCUCUAACCAGUGCUUUCUAUAGGAAACUUGCUCCUGGAGUCAGCCAGUUUGCUUACACCUGUGUACAGGACCACCCUAUUUGGACAAAUCAGCAGUUUUGGGAGACAACUUUUUACAAUGCAGUGCAGGAACAGGUUCGUUCUCUGUAUCUCUCAGCAAAGGAAGACAAUCAUGUCUCACAUCUGAAGCAAAAGGACAGGCUUCCUGAUAACCAGUAUCAUGAAAAGACAGCAAUGGACCUGGCAGCUGAGCAGUUACGCCUUUGGCCUACUCUGAGCAAGUCAACUCAGCAAGAGCUGGUGCAACAUGAGGAAAGCACUGUUUUCAGCCAGGCCAUCCAUUUUGCAAACCUCAUGGUCAACCUGCUAGUUCCACUAGAUACAAGUAAAAACAAGCUCCUGAGAGCAUCUGCACCAGGCGACUGGGAAAGUGGGAGCAACAGCAUUGUCACAAACAGUAUUGCAGGAAGUGUAGCUGAGAGCUAUGAUACAGAGAGUGGGUUUGAAGAUUCAGAGAACAAUGACAUUGCCAACUCUGUUGUGCGGUUUAUUACCCGAUUUAUUGACAAGGUUUGCACAGAGAGUGGAGUUACUCAGGAUCACAUCAAGAGCCUUCAUUGCAUGAUACCAGGAAUUGUAGCUAUGCAUAUUGAAACUCUAGAAGCAGUACAUCGAGAGAGUAGACGACUUCCACCUAUACAGAAGCCUAAGAUUCUUAGGCCUGCUCUCCUGCCAGGAGAAGAAAUUGUAUGUGAAGGUCUUCGAGUCCUCUUGGACCCUGAUGGCAGAGAAGAAGCCACUGGAGGUCUUCUUGGGGGUCCUCAGCUCUUGCCAGCAGAAGGAGCCUUGUUCCUUACCACAUACAGAAUUCUCUUCAGAGGGACACCCCAUGACCAGCUAGUUGGUGAACAGACAGUUGUAAGGAGCUUUCCCAUUGCCUCCAUCACCAAGGAAAAGAAGAUCACAAUGCAGAACCAACUACAGCAGAAUAUGCAAGAAGGACUACAGAUUACUUCAGCAUCUUUUCAGUUGAUUAAAGUAGCAUUUGAUGAAGAAGUCAGCCCAGAAGUAGUAGAGAUCUUUAAGAAACAGUUAAUGAAGUUCCGUUAUCCUCAGUCCAUUUUCAGUACCUUCGCUUUUGCUGCUGGACAAACUACCCCACAAAUAAUUUUACCCAAACAGAAGGAAAAAAACACUUCCUUCCGAACCUUCUCAAAAACAAUUGUGAAAGGUGCCAAAAGGGCAGGGAAAAUGACUAUUGGGCGUCAGUAUUUACUGAAGAAGAGGACAGGAACAAUUGUGGAAGAAAGAGUAAAUCGUCCUGGAUGGAAUGAAGAUGAUGACAUAUCUGUUUCAGAUGAUAGUGAACUUCCUACAAGUACCACCUUGAAAGCCUCAGAGAAGUCUACGAUGGAACAGCUAGUAGAAAAAGCUUGUUUCAGAGACUAUCAGCGUUUAGGUUUGGGAACCAUAAGUGGCAGCUCCUCCCGUUCAAAACCAGAGUAUUUCCGAAUCACUGCUUCCAACAGGCUGUAUUCACUGUGCCGGAGCUAUCCUGGCCUUUUAGUCAUACCUCAAUCUGUACAGGACAGUAGUUUACCAAGAGUAGCCCGCUGCUAUCGACACAAUCGCCUACCUGUGGUAUGUUGGAAGAACUCAAGAAGUGGAACUUUGCUCCUCCGAUCUGGAGGAUUCCAUGGGAAGGGAGUUGUUGGUCUUUUCAAGUCUCAGAACUCUCCUCAGGCCGCUCCUACCUCCUCUUUAGAAUCUUCCAGUAGCAUAGAACAAGAAAAAUACUUGCAAGCUUUAUUGAAUGCAGUUUCUGUCCAUCAGAAACUCAAAGGCAACAAUACACUUACUGUCAGGCCAGCACUUGCUCUGUCUCCAGGGACUGAAAAGAUGACUUCAAGAAUGUCCACUGUGCUUAAACAGGUAGUGCCAGGACAUUUGGAUGUAAACCCAUCCAAUAGCUUUGCUCGAGGAGGUGUAUGGGCAAGUCUUCGCUCCAGUACUCGCUUGAUCAGCUCUCCAACAUCCUUCGUUGAUGUUGGUGCCCGGCUGGCAGGCAAGGAUCACCCAGCCUCCUUUAGUAACAGCACCUACCUUCAAAACCAGCUCUUGAAACGCCAAGCAUCCCUUUACAUAUUUGGUGAAAAGUCACAACUAAGGAGUUUCAAGGUAGAAUUUGCUUUAAACUGUGAGUUUGUUCCUGUUGAAUUUCAUGAAAUCCGGCAAAUAAAAGCCAGUUUUAAAAAGCUGAUGAGGGCUUGUAUCCCAAGCACCAUCCCUACUGACUCAGAAGUGACAUUCCUGAAGGCCCUGGGAGACUCGGAGUGGUUCCCACAGCUUCACAGGAUAAUGCAGCUGGCUGUGGUCAUAUCCGAAGUACUUGAGAAUGGUUCCUCAGUUUUGGUCUGUUUGGAAGAAGGCUGGGACAUCACUACACAAGUGACAUCAUUGGUGCAGUUACUCAGUGACCCAUUUUAUAGAACACUUGAAGGCUUUCGGAUGUUGGUGGAAAAAGAAUGGUUGUCUUUUGGUCAUAAAUUCAGUCAGCGGAGCAGCUUGACCCUCAAUUGUCAGGGCAGUGGUUUUGCUCCAGUCUUCUUGCAAUUCUUAGACUGUGUACACCAGGUGCACAACCAGUAUCCAACUGAGUUUGAAUUCAAUCUCUAUUACUUAAAGUUUUUGGCCUUCCACUAUGUAUCUAAUCGGUUUAAAACAUUUCUCCUGGAUUCAGACUAUGAAAGGUUAGAGCAUGGAACUUUAUUUGAUGAUAAAGGAGACAAGCAUGCCAAGAAGGGAAUUUGUAUUUGGGAGUGCAUUGACAGAAUGCACAAGCGGAGUCCCAUUUUCUUUAAUUAUUUAUAUUCACCAGUGGAAAUAGAGGCCCUGAAGCCUAAUGUAAAUGUCUCCAGCCUCAAGAAGUGGGAUUACUAUAUAGAGGAGACCCUGUCUGCUGGGCCUUCAUAUGACUGGUUGAUGCUGGCCCCUAAACACUUCCCCUCUGAAGAGUCCGAUCUGGCUGGAAGAGCUGGACCCCAGAGCCAAAGGAGAACAGUGUGGCCAUGCUAUGAUGAUGUCUGCUGUACUCAGCCCGAUGCUCUCACCAGCCUUUUCAGUGAAAUCGAAAAAUUGGAGCAUAAAUUGAACCAAACCCCAGAGAAGUGGCACCAGUUGUGGGAAAAGGUAACAGCGGACCUUAAGGAAGAGCCAAGAAUAGACCAUUCCCAAAGAUACCCACUGGGGUCCCCAGGAAUUAUGUCUACCAACGUACCUUCCUAUCAGAAGAGGCCUAUGCUGCACCUCCCAGAGAGCAAUGUGGGUGACGAGAAUACCAGCAUCUCCCCAUCCAAUGGGGUGGAACGCAGGGCUGCCACGCUCUACAGCCAGUACACAUCCAAGAAUGAUGAAAACAGGUCCUUUGAGGGAACACUGUACAAAAGAGGAGCUCUGCUGAAAGGCUGGAAACCCCGUUGGUUUGUUUUAGAUAUAACGAAACAUCAGCUACGCUACUAUGACUCGGGUGAGGACACGAGCUGUAAAGGCCACAUUGAUCUGGCCGAAGUGGAGAUGGUCAUUCCUGCCAGCCCCAGCAUGGGGGCCCCAAAGCACACAAGUGACAAGGCAUUCUUUGAUCUCAAGACCAGCAAACGUGUGUAUAACUUCUGUGCCCAGGAUGGGCCAAGUGCCCAGCAGUGGAUAGACAGGAUCCAGAGCUGUAUAUCCGAUGCCUGAUGCCCAUUGUCAUCCUAAGCAGAAGUGGAAAGCUAAGCUGCCAUAUGGAAAGAAAAGCUUGGAUGGAUGGAGAGUCAUCCUAGGGCCUGAGCUUCUCGAUUCUCCUUUCUACCCCAUCUUACCCAGCCCCUCUUACAACACUUGCUACAUUCACUUUAUCUAAUGGAUGCAUCACACAGGUCUGGUGAAGAGCUCCAGAUCAUCUCUGUAUGUUGCACUGAUAGUUCUAACAGGACCUAAGUGGUUAAGAAUCAGGAGAAUAUUCUGAACUACUGUCCUCUUUCCCCCUAGGCAAAAUGGCUCCCACUUCUCAUGUGAAGGUCUUUUUUAUUUCCCAGUCAUAGUUCCUUGGAGUGUUUUUAACAAGAAAAAAAAUCAAAACCCUCCAAAGAUCAUCUUAUGUCCUACAUAGAUUUCCCAUCAGAAGUCCCUGCCCUUUUGCCUAACCUUUGAAGUGCUCAGUUUUCUGGUGCUGCCAAAAGGUGCUUCCACGGGCCCUGCUCUGCCAUUAAGGUUCACAGCAAGAGAACAUCACUGCUCAGUGGCAGGCAAAGAAGAAGCAUACAAGGUUGUCCUGAGUUGGGGGAGUGGGAUGACUUGGCUAGGGGAUGGAGCAACAUUGACCAGGCCUAUGCAGGAAAACUGCUUCUAAGAGGAGUCUUCCAGACCAGAGCUACUCUAGGGAUGCAGGGCCUGUGCUCCUGCAUGUUCUUCUGCUCCUGGACACUUCCUUAGACAAAAUAACAUGCAAAGAGCUGAAUGCACUAACUCACAAAGCACUCGCACUGAACUCCUAUCAAGUGAAGAAAUUGGAAAAGACUGAAGCCAUUACUUACGACCACACAAUGCUUGUGACAAGGUGGUACCAUGACAGGGAAAGUACCCAAAAGCUGCGCACAUUCGAAGUCUGUUCUUAGACUCUCCUUCUUAUGACAGAUACCUUGUGUUUGUUCAGCCUCAAGGUGAGCAGGAACAGCUUCUCCACAUAGCCACUGAUACCAGCCUGGGCCAGGUGGCCAGAUCAGUUGUGUUUGUUUUCAAAUGUUAAUAUGUUAAAUACCAAACUAAUAUUUCAAAAAAUGUGUACAUAUUCCUGUAUCCUUGUUUUCAGAUAGCCUGCUUAUAAUUUAAUAUAAAAUUAACUGAACAGAUCCAUUCAUAAAACUUCAGUAAUGAAAGAUUCCCUUUUUAAAAAAAAUAGAAACUUCUUUGUAGAUUAAAAUCAGAUUUUUCAAACUUAAAAUUAUCCUCACACUAGAAAAUAGAACUGUGUUAAUAUAUAAAGUGGGGGAAUAAGAAUGAAGGAUUUUCUAUCGUAUUCAUUUUAUAAAUUGCCACCUGAGAAAAAAGUGGGUUUUGCACAUUAUUUGUAUUUUUCUUUGUAUAUGAAAUAAUUUUUGUACUUUGUAAAAUAUGAAGCCCAUUGUACUUCCAGCUAUUUGAGAUUGUACACAGCGCUUCUUUUGUAACUGGAUUCUUUUAACUUUCAUGAAGGCUUUACAUGCCUUACAUUCACUAAUAAAUUUGAAUUGAAUUUAUUUCUU